UAUGGAAGAGAUGAACUAAUGAAGUCAUGGCAAGAUGGCUCAGGGCUUUCAUCAGCCUCUAAGUACAACAAGAAGUUGAGCAAAACAGUAACUGAAAAGAAGUACAUGAGCAGGACUGGUGACACAUUUGGUGUAAAUGGUGCUUCAGAGUAUGGAGAAUAUGCAUCUGACCGAGAAAUCAAAAGGCGCUUGUCUAAAUUAAAUCGUAAAUCCUUUAGUUCAGGUAGUGAAACAUCUUCUGAACUCUCUGACAAUGGCAAGAGUGACAAUUAUAGCUCAGCUUCGGCUUCAGAAAGUGAAUCGGACAUCCGUUCAGAAGGUCGAUCACAGGACUUGCGCGUCGAAAGAUACUUCACAGCAGAUGAAUCCUUUGAUUCUGUGACCGAAGAGCGUGAAUGGGGUGCACGUAUGACCAAAGCUAGUCUUGUACCACCCGUUACUAGGAAAUAUGAAGUGAUUGAAAAGUAUGCAAUUGUCGCGGAUGAGGAAGAAGUGCAACGUAAGAUGCGGGUUUCUUUGCCAGAGGAUUAUGGUGAGAAGCUUAAUGCACAAAGAAAUGGCAUUGAAGAGUUAGAUAUGGAACUUCCUGAAGUUAAGGAGUAUAAACCAAGAAAGAGUCUUGGCGAUGAGGUUUUAGAGCAAGAGGUUUAUGGAAUCGAUCCUUAUACCCAUAACCUCUUACUUGAUUCAAUGCCCGGAGAUUUGGACUGGUCACUGCAGGAUAAA